GCGCGCACGUGGCGGUGUUGACGCAUGGAAGGUGGCGGCGGGGGACGCGGUCGCGGCCCCGGGCCCGGGCCCGGGCCGGCGCUGACGCUCCGCGGGGCGCUGAUGGCCGCCAGCGGCGGCGGCCGGCUCCUGGCGGCGCGGUACAGGGAGGCCGGUGAUGAUAGUCUCUUCGUGUACGAUUGUAUCAAUGCAGAGAAGAAGACCUUAGGAAAUAAAGGGCAGGAUGGAAAACCAACAGAUAAAGGAAGUGAUGACAUCCUAGCUUUUGCCUUCUCCCCAUCAGGAGAUUAUUUUGCCUUGACAGAUGACAGCAAACAUCUGAUUCUGUUCCAUACAAAACCUUCCUGGGAAUGUGUUAGCAUCAGGUCUGUGAGCAGGAGAUGUACUUCCUUGAUUAUCACAGCUGCAGAGGAUAAGAUUCUGGUUGCAGACAAAUCUGGUGAUGUCUAUUCUUACUCAAUAACAGAACCCCAAGCAGAUGGAAAACUUGAGCUGGGUCACUUGUCUCUGCUAUUGGAUGUGACACUGAGUCCUGAUGACCAGUAUAUCCUAACUGCGGACAGAGAUGAGAAGAUCAGAGUCAGCUUGGCAAAGGCUCCUCAUAAUAUUGUAUCCUACUGUCUGGGACACAAAGAGUUUGUAAGCAAAAUACUUGUAAUACCCAACUAUCCUGAUCUGCUGUUGUCAGCUUCUGGGGACUCGACACUGAGACUUUGGGAGUACAAAAGCGGAGAAGAAGUGUACUGCUGUCACCUAAGUAGCAUCUGUAGGCCUGAGACAACCAAAACUGACCAGAAAUACCCUGUGUCAAGAAUAACCUACUGCUGUCAGGGUGGUUAUGUUGCUGUUCUUUGUGAUGGUAUUCCCACAGUCUACAUCUUUCAGCUUGAUGCCAUUGCCCAGCAGCUAGUUUACAGACAGCAAAUCUCUUUGAAACAUAAAGUUUGGGACAUUGCGUUUGAGGAAACGGGAGAUCUAUGGAUUUUGGAGGAAGACAGUGAAGCUCCUCUUCAAUUGUACAGACCAUGUGAUGGACAGUGGAAGCCUGUAACUGAUGACAAAGGAUUACAGAAGAUGUCAAAAUAUCUUCAAGACAACUGGACAGUGUUUGAAGGUUUUGUUGGCGCAGAGAGCCACUACAGCAGUCUCUACAAGGCUUCAUUUGAUAACAUGGCUGCCUACCUACAGAGGAAAGAGGAAAGGUUACAGCAGCAGAAAAAGAAAAGGCAGGAUCUGCAAUGUGGGUCGAAUGGACAAACAAAAAAGAUGAAGACUGAGGAAUCAUUGCUAUGACACUUGUUAGCUUGUAACUUUUGCCUUGCUGAAAGGAACUGAUCUGACUGUGGACUGUUUUUAAAUGUAAAAUGAAUUGCAAAAGGAGACUGGUUUAAACUUUUAUUCAGAUUCAGGUUUUCAGGUAGCCCGAUAUGAAAAUAUCCUGCUUGCAGCAGAUAAUGUGUUUACAAUAUGCUUAAGCUUCUAGCAGCAUACAGGUGUUAGCGGUUCAGUCCUAGGAAUCUCUAGGGCAUAGUAUAUGAAUAUUGGAAAUGGUAUUUUCCUUGAAACAGGAUUUUCUUUUUGCCUACUGUGUUCAGGCUUUCUUCUUCAGGUGGAAGUGCACAGAUUAAAGUUGAUGUGAUUUUUUUUUUUUUUUUUUUAUUUGUUUCUUUUGGGUUUAGGCUUUUUUUUUUUUUUUUAACUUUUUAAAAGGUCUGUUAGUUAAUGUAACUAACUUACUGUACCUGGCUAUGGGAAAGGGAAUGUAACGAAAUUGUUGCUGUAUAUGAAAGCUUUUAGCUGAGACUUCACCAUCCCUGGUUUUACCCUUUACCUUCAGUUUAUAUGGUAGGGAUUCUGCCUAGCUUCUAAUCCAUUGCUUCUUACUUGUGGCUUAUUUCUAUAGCGAGAAGUGCAAAAAUAGAUUUUAUACACUGGAAAGUAAAAGUAAAAUGUGUCAGUCAAGUUUGUGUUAUUGGAAGAUCCUUCUGUUACAGUAUGAUCCUGGUGUGUCUGUGAAAACAAUUUGAGCGCCCUAUGUGCAAAGCUUGGAGUGCAUUCUGCUUCUUUCAAGAAGUCUUUCAUGUUGCAAUUAGCCAAAGAAUACAUCUUUUUGAAAAGUUAUCAGUAAGAGCCUUACGGGAUCACUUGUUGCUUCAUCAUGGGGCAGAAGAUAGCAUUCAUCUACCAGAUGGCAUCAUGUCUAUAUGGAAUAUAAUGUACUUCAUAAAACCAGGUGCAGAAAACUGUACAAUCGAUUAAAAUUAUUCAGAAUUAGCUCAUGAACCAUGAAUAGUUCUCUAGGUCUCUAUAUAGCUGUCCUCUUUGGAGUAUCUGGUCACUUAAAAAUUUUGCACUCAAAUUUUGGUUACACUGAUGUGUAAGACAUCGUUGAGAUGUAGCUUGUUUUGAGAAUAGCAGGUAUACAGCAGAGAAGCAGAACUUGCUGCUUAUGUCUGCUCAAAAUUGCAGCCUUGUCCUUACUGUGUGUCCCAGAGGCCACAAGUCUUUCUUGUGCUGUAGGAUAUCACAUGGAUUUUCAUGUUACUUCUGUUUGGAAUUGCCUUCUUAAGCAUAGAGCGUUGCCUGCGUUAGUACAGAGGCAGUCCUUCACCUCCAGAGUCUGAUUUCUUCUGGUGAUUACCUCUAAGUAAAGAGCCUUCUGCCUUGGCAAAGGUCUCUUUGGACAAAAAUUGUGAAGUGUCAAGAGUGGUGGUGUUGUCUGUUCCAGUUAAAAGUCUUAAUUCUGGCAGGAGCUGCCUUGGCGCAAAUAAAAUCCGAAGUAGUUUCUACUAUGUGUGCAGUUACAUGGUGUAAGAAUGCAGUGUCACAUCAACAAAGAUUAUGGUCUUGUGUAGCAGUUCAGCCCCCUCUGUCCAAUAUCCACAUACCAGUGAUCUGACGCAUCUUGUUUGGAUAUCACCUACUCAGUUGAGUGCUCCUGGAUUACGCUGGCCCUUGGACAAAGGAGAACGUGGUAGGUAGGCAUGUUUGGGCUUGACGAGGAGUUUUAACCCCUCAGGUGCAAUAACCCUUUUAUUACAGAGUCUGCUGAGAUAAAUGGACCUAACUUUACAUAAUCUGGAACAAACAAUUUUGAGCUGAUGUGUUUUUCUGUCUUUCAAGAGAGUGCCUGAACCACCAGGCUGGCCUGGUGGAGUGGCUCACUGGCUCUCACGGCAAAGAGCUGGCCUGGUGUGGAGGCUCACCCCUAGGACAGGGUUAGUGUCGGAGCACGCCGAGUGCCUGAAGGCUCUUGUGCUACGUGGGAGUCCUCGCUGUUUCCUAGAAGUUGGCUUGGGUAGUUUCUUGGUUUGUACUGUGACUGGUGAGGACCACGUUCUCAUACACGCAGUGCCCUCCUUGCUCUGGGAAGGUGGUGUCUCUACCUUAGCUACGCUGUAUUAGGAAUAAUUAUUUCUGCAGUGCAUCAUGGUAUAUGUGUGCAUAUGUGAUGUCAUAUAAAUGGAGCAAAUGCUUUGAUGUUGAGUGUUAUGAGUCCAUGUGCAUAAACAAAACUCAUAGAGGAGGAAAAUCUUCUGAGGACGACACAGGUAACUGCUUUCAGUGGGUUGGUCACAGAUCCUAUAUGGGGUUUCGGCAUGAACGUUGGUAUUGUUACACCUCUAAAGGACAAGAGACUGCAAUGUCGGCAGUUUUAUCCCCAAGGGAUGUUUUUCCCCAGCCGUUUUCUCAGCGCAGGAUAGACCUUGGCAGUGAUCUUCACUGGCUGUGGGGUACUCUUGUGAUCCUCACCCUGCCUGCUGUCCUGGAAGAAACCCAAAAUUUCUUCCAGUGCGUGAACUGAUGACAGAUCGUGGCAUUUGGCAGUGAGAUGAGAUGUGAUAUCUGGCAGAUGAUUCAGGCCUUUUUGUUCUUUUUCCUGCAAGUUUUCCUUUCCUAUUCCAUUUCAUGUUUCCUUUUCUGCAUGCAACAGUUCCUGAGCUUAAGUUGUGAGCUCGUGUGUGUCUGUGGACUGCUUUGAAGGGGUCUGUGAAAAGUAAUCAGAGAAAGGAAACUUGCUGGAAGGUCUAAAUCUGCUGUAGUGUGCCUAUACCUUGAAUGGGAAAUGGUUAGACACCCACAAAUCAUUAAAAAGGAGUGAAUACCACUACCACAGAGAGUGAGACAACACUCCUCUCCCUGGUAUUUGAACUAUUUAUUUCUAGUGGUUAAACCUGGUGUCGCUUGCUUGCGUAUAUUUUCUGAACUUGAACCGAAGCAUGUAUGUGUGCCUAGCAAAAAGGGGAUGCAUCAACGAGGGUGUAGUUUUAUAGCAGAACUGGAAUGCUCAAACCAUUGCAAGGGCUGUUUGUAGGCCACAUAAGUUCACCCCACACUGCGCUAGACCUUUUUGUGGUGAUUGUGUGACUCCCCUGCUUCUUCCCUAAGCACUGACAAUUCAAGGAGCCUUUAAAAAUGCAGGUAAGGAAAGGAAAAAGUUGAAGCAAUAAUGAGUUUCUUUUCCUCAGCGUUUUAAACCAAAACAUAUGCUUCCUACUCCUGUUGCUGGGAUUUCACUGAAACCCCUUCAGCACCACAUUGUUGAACAGAGUGACUUUUCAUCUAUCCUAGCAGGAAGGAAUCCUAAUCAAAUGCAGCCCAGUAGCAUGCUUUAGAACAGUCCUUACAUUUUUAACAAAACUUCGAAAGCGUAUUUACUCUAUAAACAAAAAUGUUCCUUUCUGUAAAAAAAAAAAAAUCCCAAUACACUACAGUUGCUUUACCUUCAGGCUAAUAAAAAGUUGCUGCCAAUUUUGAUACAC